UGUGAGAGAUGAGGCGGGCGAGGUGACGUGCUGAGGAAGUGGCACCGUCCGGCCGGAAGUGACGCCACGGGAGGAGAGAAAGGAGCAGACAGAGAGUGAGGGAGACAUCUCGGAGUGAGCGGCGGGGACGGGGCAGAGGGCAACGCGGGAGUCCGGGGCAGAGGGAACUGAAGCUCUGCAUGGAUUGAAUCAUUUUUCUAUCAAACUUCUCACCUUGGUGAAGGUCCCACUAUGGAAACAGAGAGUGAACAGAACUCCAGCUCAACCAAUGGGAGCUCAGCGUCGGGGAGCAGUACGCGCCCUCAGAUAUCCCAGAUGUCCCUGUAUGAACGGCAAGCUGUACAGGCCCUGCAAGCUCUCCACAGACAGCCCAAUGCUGCUCAGUAUUUUCACCAGUUGAUGCUACAACAGCAGCUGAGUAAUGCGCAACUACACAGCCUGGCAGCCGUUCAGCAAGCAACCAUAGCUGCCAGUCGGCAGGCCGCAUCCCCUAACACAGGCUCCGCCCAGCAAACGAACACCACCCAGGGAUCGCAGGCUAACCUUUCCACAAGCUCUUCAGCCCAGCUCCUGAGCCGUACCCAGAAUGUCACCGCCCCCAGCGCCACUACCCUCACACAGUCAGUGUUGCUUAGUAAUGCCAGCUCGCCGCCUCUUGGCCAGUCACAGACACAGAUGUACCUGCGCCAGCCACAGCUAGGGAACCUUCUACAGGUCAACCGGUCUCUUGGGCGUGGGGUUCCACUGAACUCGCAGCUCAUUUUAAUGCCCAAUGGGUCAGUAGCUGUCCAGCAGGAGGUGACAUCUCCCCAGAACCAAGGAGUGCAUCAGGACUCGGAUCAAGUUCAGAAUCUUGCUGUUCGGGGCCAACAGACUGCGGCAACUACUUCAGCAGCAGGAGCUACAAUCUCCCAGCCAGCUCCUCUGGCUACCAAACCCCAAAUCCACCCAGCCUCCUCAGCCGCACCGACACAAAUUCCAUCUCCGAAUGUGCCACAGAGUGUAAAGAACCCUGUAGGGUCCACAGGGGGUACAGUGAGUCAGGGGAGUCAGACUGAGGCAGAGGGGCGAAAAGCUGAUGGAGAAGGGGUACAGCAAAGCGUUGGAAUCAACCUCACUAGAGCGGCAACACCAGCUCCUAACCAGACUCUCAUCAGCUCCGCCACGUACACUCACAUCCAGCCGCACUCGGUGCUGCAGCAGAAGCAAGUGGUCUUUCAGCAGCAGAUUGCUAUCCAUCAGCACAGACAGUCGCAGCUGCUCCAUGCUUCUACUCACCUCCAGCUCGCUCAGCCCCAGGCUGCCACCCAGCAAGGCCUACAGACCCCUGGAACCCAACAAACCCUGGUGGUGCAACCGAUGCUGCAGGCAACUAGCGAGUCUGCUAUCCCCACUAAAGCUCCUGUACCCAUCCAGCCCAAGCAGCCCGGCAAAGGCGUGCCUCCCCUAAAUCUUCAAGGUCACCUGGGGGCUAAAGCGUCCCAAGGCACCAGGCCCCUUCCUAUACCUUCCCCCAGCCAGCCUCAUAUCCCCGUACAGCUGGUGGGUGCCAGACAGCAAGGCCCGGCCCAGGCAUUAGCCUUGGGGGCCACUCAAGUUCCCUCACAAGCAUCCUCCAUGACACAGUUGACUCUGCCCCCUUCUCCUGCCCCUGUUGCUUCUGUGGUGGCCGGCGCAGUGCAGGAAAGCCAAGCUGGGUUUUAUGGAGUUCUGCAGGGAAAACUAUCUGGUCCAGGGAAGAGGAAGGCAGAGGUAGAGGAUGACAGGGACGAUCCCUCUGUGCUGCCUGUCAAAGCAUCUCCGCCCACUGACGCCCCCCCAACUGUUGAGGAGACCAGCACCCCAGCCGAUAAGCCAGAGGCCGCCACCCAGGUCUCCCCCACCCUUACGGUUUUGGCUCCCACCAGUGUCCCUGCCCUGUCAAUAUCUUCCCGGCAGCAUAGCGACUCCAAGCCUCCCCAGGCCAUUGUCAAGCCGCAGAUCCUGACACACAUCAUUGAGGGUUUUGUAAUCCAGGAGGGGGCGGAGCCUUUCCCUGUAGGCAGCCCUCAACUGCUUAAGGAGCCUGAGAAGCAGGCUGCAUCCGACACUGUUCUACUACCCCCGGCAGAGAGUCCCCCGCCACAGGCUGUGGGAGAUACAGCAGCCAGCGAUUCUGGAAGCUCCAAGCUCUUAAAAUGCGAGUACUGUGGAAAGUACGCCCCUGCCGAGCAGUUCCGUGGAUCCAAAAGAUUCUGUUCCAUGACUUGUGCCAAAAGAUAUAACGUCAGCUGUAGCCACCAGUUCCGGCUGAAACGAAAGAAACUGAAGGAGCUGCAGGAAGCAGGAGGGGUGAGAGCUCGAAGGCGCGGCCCUCGCAGGAACAGCUCCGAGAUCGCACGAGCCAAGAUCCAAGGGAAGAGGAUGCGGGAGGAUUCCAGCAGGGGGUCCGACAAUUCCAGCUACGACGAAGCCUUCUCUCCCAACUCUCCUGCCCCGCCAUCUUGCAGAACGCCACACGGUGACAGAGAUGGGAGCACGCCCACGGGUGGACCCUCCAACUCAGACCUUCUGGGCAUCAAUCCCAUGUUCCUCUCCAGUAACCCCAGCCGCUGGAGUGUCGAGGAGGUGUACGAGUUCAUCUCAUCUCUGCAAGGUUGCCAAGACUUAGCCGAGGACUUCCGCUCCCAAGAGAUCGACGGGCAGGCAUUACUGCUGCUGAAGGAGGAGCAUCUCAUGAGCGCCCUUAACAUUAAAUUAGGACCUGCGCUAAAAAUCUGCGCCAAAAUCAACCUGCUCAAGGAGACCUAACCUUUCCCCACGACCUCUGCAAGCACAAGGGGGUAGAGGAGACCAGUAGCACCGGCCCCUUGUAAACUAACAAGGGGAGAAAGAAAUGGGGGUGGGGGAGGGGAAGCUCAGCAGGACUCGUAACCUCAACGAGGCAAGAGGCGCCCUUCCACCUCGCCGCCGACUUCUCCGUCACUCCUGCUGUGAACUCUCCAUUUAUAAUCUCCUCGUUAUUACUCUCUAAAUAUAUACCUAUAUCUUCUGUAUGUCUGUAUCUGUUCAUCUACAUGUGUCUCCAGCGAGGCGCGACCCCUGCAGCAGGAAAGCGACAGCUUGACGAACAUACUGAGAUAAUGUGCCUUGCUCCUCCACCACAAGAAACGGGGUCUCUAGAAAGCAGGCGGGAAGCUCUUCCAUGUUCGCUUGUAGAAGAGAGGUUCAACUAGAAACCACGUGCAGUCAGCGUAGGCUCAUCCCUUGCAUUACGGAAGGGGACCAAUCAAGUCCUUGUGUAUUUAUGAACAUGUCGGUGUUGACCAGUUACUACUCAUACAUAGUAGGGACGGAGCCCCUAUUUCUACCCAUAGAUCUGUAAGUAAAGGGUACUCGUUAGAGGCAGCCAUCUUGCUAGGUUUUGUUAGUCAAGUACCAUAGCUUGUGCGUAAUGGUGCCACGUGCAUACAUUCAUGCUUAAAGGACAUGUAAACCCUCCACACAAAAAUGUAAUCAAUGAACAGCCUCAUUGAAAUAAAUACCCGCCACUCCUCUUCCUCUAACCUGCUCUGCCCCCUCCAUUGAGAUUGUACUUUGGCUGUUGGCUACUGAGCAUGCUCAGUUCUUCUCUGCUGAGAUUACUAAACGCCUCCCAGUCUAGCAGCCAAUGACGAGAUGGCAUUUACAGGUUCCCAUAGAAACUCGGCUCUAGCUGUCUACUCCUGUUUUUAACCCCCCCCACCAAACCUUCUCUUCUGAGCUCGUCUUAACCAUUACAAUGCUCAGUCAGCAAGACUUUUUAUCAAAGUACAUUCUGCCUGUGUAAGCCUGCAUUCUAAUUGCAUGAAGUUUACAGCGCACAAGUGCUGUUAGCAGAUGGAAACAUCCUGACACAUCAGAUGGAAAAUGGCCGCCGGGUGAAAGCUCUUUGCUUUAGGAAAAUGUGAAGGCUUCGUCAAACGGAAGGGAUAAAUGCAGUACAAAUGAGGGAGAAGUGGCCAACUUAUAUACAAGGCAGGACAAUGUAGGGUUUAUAUGUCCUUUAAAGACACUAGUGUAAGGCAGUGCAGCCUCCAUACACAGCGCGCCUCCCUGCUAGGUACCCUCUAUGCACCCAAACGUACACGGAUCUCUCCAUUGUAUGUACCCCCUACUCACACUCUCCUGUAUCAGUGUAAAUAGGGACUUGAGCCGCUCGUUAAUCUCGUGACAAUAGAUAGUGACUUCCAUCCCACGUGGGGCAGUUCUGGUUCAUGAGUCGGAGUCUCCGGGAGGUUCAGACGCAGCUUCACUUCCCCAGACCCGCCACCUGAAAUGUCGCCUAAGGAAUUCCUAGCAUCUUACUUUUUUUUUUUGUAAUGGGAAAUAACUUUUUAAAUACUUUCAAUGCACCUGGCUUGUUAUUUUGUUUUCCCUCCUCCCGAUUAUUGUAUCUGUAGCGGCCAUAACUCAUUCGGCAUAGAAGAGCCACGAGGUGGGAGCAGGGACCUAUCGGAAUCAGCGGACACAGUGCCAACGAUCGUCGGAAAGGAAAAACUUUAGUGGGUCGUUUGAUCCAUGCAAUCCGCUCAUCCUCCUAUAGGAACACUGCCCGUCUCCACUGCCAGCUUGGCCAACUCUCUAUCCUGGUCUAUCUGCCCGCCCGGGGGGGGGCGGGGUUUGUACGCUCCUUGUUUGCUAUUUGCUCUUUGGGAAAUUCUGUUUCUGUAAUGACAUGAGUGUGUCCUCCUGUUUCUAAAGCAUAUAUAUAUUUUUUUUUUUUCUGUAGCUUUUUACCACAGCUAAAACCUUUCUUUUUUUUUUAAAUUUUUGCCGUCUGUACCCCUUGCUCAGUGACCUCAGGACGCAGUGACUUUUCCGUCACCAGUUAAAGAAAGAGCAGGGAGUCGUUUGCUGUUCUUUUUGUUACAUUUUCUCAGCACUUAUUUACAAUAAAGACGACAUUGCUUUGG